CUCGUUUAUAAACCGACCAAAAGCUUAGCAGAGUGGCACCAACAAAGAACAAAACAAGAAGCAAAAUCCUAAAUAAGCAGAAAAAAAAAAAAAGAAGAAAACAUAGCCGACCGCUUUAGCUUUCUCUUCGUAACGCAGAGACAGAGAAACAGAAAAGGAGAGUGAAAUUUUUUAUUCUAUGCGAUCGCUUCCUUAGUAUGGCGGUGCGACAUUGUUUUUCGGCCGUUCCGUUUUAGAAGGAAGACACGGAGUUCUUGUUUUGUUUUUUUUUUUUUUUACUUUUUGUUUUUUUAGGAGAUAAAGAAAAGAAAAGAUGCAGAGACGGAGGCGGAGAGUGGUGGUGCUGCUGCGGAAGAUGCUAACGUGCGCCAUAUGCACAAUAGCAUUAGUGGGACUGUUGUCCGUGCACGUACACGUGUUCCCUUCUUCUAGAGUCUCCGACUUGUCUGAUCCUUACAAGCUCCCUACCGUCAGUCAACAACAUGAACUUAAUUAUCGGAAGUUAAGCACAGAGCGAGAGUGGACGCAGGAGCUGGCUCCGCCUCAUUUAUCGAAAGAGCUGGCUUCCCCGCAUCUUUCCAAAGCUCCUCUUUCGUCUCACAAGUUGGAUGGUGCCAGAGGAAAUCUGGAUUUCGAGAAGUUGUGGAAGCCACCUGUGAAUCGCGAUUUUGUGCCCUGUGUACAGCACAGUUCUAAUUAUGCAGCUCCUGAUGAGUCAAGAGGUUAUCUUCUAGUUCAUACAAAUGGUGGGCUCAACCAAAUGCGAGCUGGGAUAUGUGACAUGGUAGCUGUAGCCCGUAUAAUACAUGCCACUCUUGUUGUUCCGGAACUUGAUAAACGGUCAUAUUGGCAAGAUUCUAGCAACUUCUCUGAUGUUUUUGAUGAGGACCAUUUUAUUAAUGCUCUGGCUAAUGAUAUUAAAGUUAUCAAAAAGCUUCCUAAGGAGUUGUCUUCUGCUACCAAAGUAGUUAAGCAAUUCAAAAGCUGGUCUGGUUUGGAGUAUUACCAGGAUGAGAUAGUUUCCCUGUGGGAGGAAUAUCAGGUUAUUCGAGCUGCCAAGUCUGAUUCUCGCCUAGCAAAUAACAAUCUGCCUCCAGAUAUACAGAAGCUUCGUUGUCGUGCUUGCUAUGAAGCACUUCGCUUUGCACCCAAAAUUGAAGCAAUGGGGAAAUUAUUGGUGGAUCGAAUGAGGUCUUAUGGUCCUUUCAUCUCUCUGCAUUUACGAUAUGAGAAAGACAUGCUUGCCUUUAGUGGAUGUACACAUGGUUUAUCUAAUGCUGAAGCUGAAGAACUAAAGACAAUCAGGGAAAACACUGUCUAUUGGAAAGUGAAGGAAAUUGAUGCCAGGGAACAGAGAUCCAAAGGAUAUUGCCCCUUAACCCCAAAAGAGGUCGGAAUUUUUCUCACUGCUCUUGGAUAUCUGUCAAACACCCCUAUAUAUAUUGCUGCUGGAGAGAUAUAUGGAGGUGAUACUCAUAUGGCUGAUCUACGGUCGCACUAUCCCAUGUUAAUGAGCAAGGAAAAAUUGGCUUCUGUUGAGGAGCUUGAACCAUUCACCACUCAUGCAUCUCAAAUGGCUGCACUUGACUACAUUGUAUCUGUUGAAAGUGAUGUCUUCAUUCCAUCAUACUCUGGAAACAUGGCGAGAGCUGUUGAAGGGCAUCGUCGUUUUCUGGGACAUAGGAAAACCAUUUCUCCUGACAGGAAAGCACUCGUCCGUCUGUUUGACAAAAUUGAGAACGGGGUAUUGAAGGAAGGCAGAAAACUUUCCAGUCGAAUCAUCGAAAUCCACAAAAAACUGCAAGGGUCCCCAAGGAAGAGAAGGGGUCCUGUCUCAGGAACAAAGGGCAUGGAUAGGUUUCGCUCAGAAGAAGCAUUUUAUGUAAAUCCAUUACCAGAUUGUUUGUGCAGGAGGGUAUCACAGAAUGUGAGCGCAUCUAUCAGUAUCAGGUAGAUCAGAUGCUGUAGUGCAAUUGCUUUUAUUGAAGAUCCCCUAGCUACUUGUUUGGUGGCACCUUUCAUUAUUGCAUCACGUCCAUCAAUGGAAGAUCUUCACGCUGGCAAUGCCACUACAAGAAUGGGGACGCGGAGUGUGCAUAUCUUGAGUUUUAGACAAUUGGUUCAAAUUCAAUACGUAGAUGGGUAAGAUUCAAUGGAUUAGGGUUGCAGGGGCCCGUACAGGAUAAAACUGUAGCCGGGGCCUUCACAUGCCUUUCAGAAGUUGCAUUAGGUUUCCAUGGUGCCGUUGGCGAUUCAUUGGGCACAUGAUAAUUGUAAUUGUCCCAAUGCUUCAAGAAAUAAUAAUGUGCUCCCUUCAUGUAUUGCCUUUUCUUUUGGCAAUUGAUUGCAAUAGUAGUGAAAGCAUGUUAAUCUA